ACACGCACAGACAAAUGCUUUUCAAAAUGCUGCUGCAAAUGGCAGCUAUCCGCUACUGGCGGGCUGCGGAGUUCAGGCGGUUCCUGUCAUUACAGAGUAAGGUACCACAGUGUCCGACAUGGAGCAUGGAACCUGACACAAACACCCAGGAUGGUCACGUGUCCGCAGAGGUAAUUGAUCACCUAGAGCGUUUGGCAUUAGUUGACUUCCGCAACCAAGAAGGGGUAGAGCGCCUGGAGAGGGCAAUUCAGUUUGCCGGUCAGCUGCACAAUGUUAACACAGAAGGAGUCCAACCAUUAUCAUCUGUGUUAGAGGACAGAGCAUUGUACAUGAGAAGUGACACAGUCACAGCUGGGAACUGUACAGAACAUCUACUGGAAAAUGCACAGACUGUUGUGGAAGAUUAUUUUGUAGCCCCUCCAGGAAACAUUCCUUUGCCACCGCCAGACCAUAUGUACCACUCCUCCAGCGACAAUGGCGAUUGAUGACCCCCGGAUGGUAACAAGCAACACCCCCCCCCCCCCCCCCCCCCAAUUGCUAAAACAAAGAAUGCAGCUCUAGGAAAACUCACUGUUUUAUUAGGACAGCUACAGAUGUUUAUUUUAUUCAACUGAAACACUUUCAUAAUAAAAGGAAACACAUACAAACUUGAUUGGGGAUUAAAAGUUAUUCCAAAUAAUAUCAUACUAACAAAUUGGUUGGAGUAGGUCAAUAUAGAAGACAACCAUGAACAUUCCCUUAUGUUUGUCUCAGCGCCAGAGCAUUCCACCUUGUUAUAUCCCGUAUACCUAUGACUCACUGCACACCUAUUCAAACAUCAGAUUAGGCACAAUACUGUCUGUUGCCUGCUUAAAAUAUGACAGAAAUUAAACCAUAAAUGUCUGAUGCCAAUAGCACACAUCUCCUAAAAUGGAAAAAAAAAAAAAAAAGUAAUACGGGCAGAAAAUAAUGGUAUAAAAGACAUUUGAUGAAAUCCA